AUGGAAAAUAAAAAUAUUCCGUCCAGCAAAAAGUUAAUAUCCAUCCAAGAAGAAAAAGUAAUACGUCAAGUGGAUUAUGAUUCCAUUGCUGAAUCUUCAAAUUGUUCACCUAAAAAAUUACUGUUAGAGAUAUUUCGAAAAAGUUCUUCUUCUAAACAAUCAUCUCAAAAAAUACUUGUGUCCAUAAAACCAAAAACUCCAGCGAUCAAAACUUUAUUUUUAGCUGAAAAAAAUCGAUUUCAUUCAAAAAAGCAUUCUAAUAAAGCAGGUUCGCGACUAGCUUUAGGCGAUCACUCAUCAUUUACAACACACCUUAGCGAUAAUGACUCUAACGAACUAAAUUCGCUGGAAUCCGUUAAUUACUUACUGAGAAACUUCACCAAAAGCGAAAUUUUACGUGAAAAGACUUCAACGAGUACAUUAAAAGAAGAAAGUUUGACGGAAAUUUCAAAAUGUAUAAAUACUAAUUCUUCAUCUCUUUGUCCUACUGUUUUCAAAAACAAUUCUAAGCAAAAGUUUGCCAAAAAAUGUUAUGUUUACACUCAACCACAGUUUACUAUGACUUUUCCCAAAAUAUCGAAAACAUAUCAAAAUAAUCACAGAAAAGCCAAUAAAGUUGAUAUUGGUACGUUUGUCUUUGAUUCUUCUUCCCAAGACAUAGUUACUUCUUCGGAGAACAUUAAAAAGUUAAAUCAAAGAAUAGAACAGUUGGAGAGAAAAAUUUUAAGACAGCAAAUGAUAUUUCGUUCUAUGAAUCCCAAAAUACCAUUAUCUUCGUCAGAUGAAGAUUCAAAGGAUCAAAUAAUGAAAACUACGUCAAACCAGGGGCGACCAGGAUGUAGUUAUGUCGAAUAUAGUCAAGUACCGGCCACAUCAGCAUUUCAACGACUUCCUCAACAGCCGGCACCUUUAUCGGCUAGUAAAGCGACAACUAUUCAAAAGGAACACAAUUCAGAACAAUAUGGACGUGAUUUUACCCUCUAUGAUGGAAUUACUGCCAGAGGUAGACGUCAAUGUGCAUCAGUUCCAUGCAAAAGAGACGAUGGUUCAAGGUCAGCUGCUGAUAGAGUACACAAGAUAAGGCAUAAGCUAAAUCCUGUGAGGGAUUAUAGGCUUAUGGAUACGGUGCAUUAUUUAGCACAAGGUGAAUUCGCCCCACGUGAUGAUGGAAUAAAGCUAACUCCUUCUCGUGAAGCCGUUUUGAGUGACAUAAUAUGGGAAGAUGUCUGUCGUACACACUGGCCCACCACUAGACUUGCACGUCGAAUUGCUCAUCCAGAAAGAUACGGACCGAGAUCUGAGCUGCAGCGUUUAAUUGACAGUCUGCUUAGAGAACGAGUUGCUCAUGUUGAAAGGAGAAAAAGAAGGCAUUACCGUAUUGUGAAAUUGAACCAUCGUCAUGAAAACUGUCGACCAGUUGGAAAAACUGGAGAUAUAAUAGUAGCUAGUCAUAAAGACAAGCCUUGUAACGAAGAUAAUGAUAGUAUUAAUGGUCGUUCAUCUGCUCAAACUUCCGUACGGGAAGGACGAAAUACGAAAAUAUGCAGUCCCCGCAGACAAAAGCGACAUUUUAGACAAGAAGACUGUUCACCAGGUCCUAGCCGAGCUACACGUUAUUCCACAACAAACAGAGAAGCAACUUGUUGUUACCAUUCUUCUAAUCCCACAAAACAAUCUAAAAAUUCAAAACAAGAUUCUACUGCAAUUCGAAGAAACAAUGCCAUAGAUUUGACUAGUACCAGUAGCACAACUACUAAUCAAGUUCGUCAAAAGAAUCCACGCCUAGUUGUUAAAAAAAAUUCAUUCCGAAAAAGGUAUAAAGCUGAAGAACCUAAUCUAGAACAUUUUAUUCUACUACCAACCUUGGUAGUUAAAACUCCAUCUAAUAUGAAACGCCAAAAAAAGUUUAACGAACUCUAUCAUCGAAUACUUAACACGCAGUUUAAUAAAGCUAAAGUCGUCGCUGAGAGUAAAAAUUUAGAUGGUAAUCAAAAUAAAAAUCAAUAUAAAAAUAUAAGCAUGUCAAACAGUGAUGAAAGUAUUUUAAAUAAUUAA